CCCACAUCAACCUCGCUAUGACGGGUGGCGGAUAGCUCUUUGCCAUGUGUUGGGGUUAUGCCCUUUUGAGCGGCUGCCAUUCGAUAAAAAUGCUGGUCAUGGUGCUGCUAGUGGUGCUGCCGGGUACUCGCCACAGUCAGCUACAGGAGAAUAACGUCCAGGGCGCAAGACACAACGAUUCGAACGUUCUGGUCAGUUGAAGACGGGGGAUGGAACAGCAAACCGAUGGGAGGCCCUUAC